CCAUUCCCGGCAAUGGACCUCAACGACUACCAAAAGGUAGCCAAUGUCGACUACUCCAUACCGCAAGACAUGAUGUCCUGCCCAGAUCAAUUCGAUAGAGCCUACCUCUCAGGGCAAUAUCCUCCAUCUCCUCAACGCUCCUCGUCAACGCUUUUCGACUCGAACUCCUUCUUCGGCCAACCACUCACAUCGACUGAGAUGUCUUCCUGCAUGUUAUCGAAGUCCCCGACGUUCUUUAGUCCAGCUUUACCUGGAACCGGCAUUCCAGUGACAAAUGGUCAUUCAAGCAGGGGAGCAGCUCUCCGUCAAACCUACAACCCCUCACCCUUCAUACAACCGCCUCACGCGGGCUUCACAUUCGAGACAACGACAUCGGAGGCAUUCAAAUCAGCUUACGUCUCCCCCAUCACUCAAGUUUACUCGAGGACUCCCUCCUCCAGCGAUGACGUAGCGCAACGGCCCAUCUCUCCGACUCCGUCUUCCCGGGUCAAAAAACGAGAGUCUACCUCCUCACUUCCUUCUCCAUCAGAAGAACCGACACCGAAACGGCCUCAACGAAAAAGAGGUCGACCACGACUCGAUCGUUCCCGCGCUGACACUCGUUCCACUGCAUCUUCUUUGACCUCAAAAUCUCAACGAACAGGUCGUUUACCACACAACCAAGUCGAGCGCAAGUAUCGUGAGGGUCUCAAUUCCGAGCUUGAGAGAUUGAGAAGAGCGGUUCCAGCACUACCACAGAACGACGAAGGUGGUAUAGUUGGCCAGCCAAAGCCUAGUAAGGCCAUGGUGUUAGCGGGUGCUAUUGAGUAUAUUCAGAAGCUUGAAAGUGAGAGAGACGCGUUGGAAGAGGAGAACAAGAGGCUCAGGCGGGCUCAGACGAGAAGUGGGCAUGUAGAGAACUGGAGAAAAGACGAGUCGUUGGAUGAUUUCCUUGUGGAUCCUUGA